UCCCAGUCUUCUUCGCCUUCCCUUCUUGCGGGAGAGCAGAGCAUCCCCUCCGCCGGCGCAGGCAGGGCCAUGGCCAGCCCCGGCAGCCCCCGGCUCCUGCUCCAUCUGGCCCUCCUGCUCCACGCCGCCCUCCAGGGAGCCCGGGCCGAGGAAGUUGUCCUGCUCGACUUUGCCCAGGCGCAGGGGGACCUCGGCUGGCUCAACUAUCCCUUCGGCAAAGGAUGGGAUCUUCUCCAGAACGUCAUGAACGAGUCCCUCAUCUACAUCUACUCCGUCUGCAAUGUCAUGGAGGGGGACCAGGACAACUGGUUGAGGACGAACUGGAUCUACCGCAGCGAAGCCCAGCGCAUCUUCAUCGAGCUCAAGUUCACCGUCCGAGAUUGCAACAGCUUUCCCAGCGGGACCGGCACCUGCAAGGAGACCUUCAACCUCUUCUAUGCCGAGUCGGACGUGGAUUACGGCAUCAAUUUCCAGAAGCGCCAGUUCCGCAAGAUUGACACCAUUGCUCCAGAUGAGAUCACAGUGCGCGAGGACUUUGACACCCGCAACGUCAAGAUCAACCUGGAGGUGCGCUCUGUGGGGCCACUCACCCGCAAGGGCUUCUACCUGGCCUUCCAGGACAUUGGUGCCUGCGUGGCCCUCCUCUCCGUCCGCAUCUACUACAAGAAGUGCCCAGGAGCCGUCCGCAACAUGGCGACCUUCCCCGAGACCAUUGCGGGGGCCGAUUCGCAGGCCUUGGCCAAGGUGCCGGGGACCUGCGUGCGAGAUGCCGUGGCCAGCGAGGACCCGCUCCUGCACUGCAACUCCGACGGGGAAUGGCUGGUGCCCAUCGGGGAAUGCCUUUGCCGGGAGGGGUACCAGAAGGACGGCGACAGCUGCAGAGCCUGUUCACCCGGGUUCUUUAAAGAGGACGUCUCCAACAGGGCCUGCUCAAAGUGCCCCUCGCACACGCUGCCCUCCUCCGAAGGCUCCACUUCAUGCCCUUGUGAGGAAGGCUACUUCCGGGCCCCACAGGACCCCGUUUCCAUGCCUUGCACCCGCCCUCCUUCUGCUCCCCACAACGUCAUGGCCAUUGGUUUGGGGGCCAAGGUGCGUCUCCACUGGCUUCCCCCCCCUAACACCGGCGGCCGCACGGAUCUCACCUACAGGGUAUCCUGCGAGCAGUGCUGGCCGGACCUGGGAGACUGCCGCCCCUGUGAUCCUGGCCUCCGCUACUCUGAGGACCCCCAGGACUUCACCAGCACCUCCCUGACGGUCAGCGACCUGGAGCCCCACGUUAACUACACCUUCACCGUAGAGGCCCAGAAUGGCGUCUCCUCCUUCAGCUCCCAACGCAGCUAUGGCAGAACCAGCAUCAGCGUCAACCAGACAGAGCCCCCCCGAGUGACCUCUGUGACCAUGGAUAGCCGCACGGCCACCAGCCUGACCUUGUCCUGGACCGUCCCUCCCCGGCAGCAGAGUCACGUGUGGAAAUACCAGGUCACUUACAAGAAAAAGAAGGAGGAGCACAGCUACUCGGUGGUGCGCUGCAGCGAGAAUUCUGUGACACUGGCGAAGCUCACCCCUCAGACCAAGUACUUGGUCAGUGUCCAGGCACUGACCCAGGAGGGCCAAGGGGCCUACAGCGUGGAGCAUGAGUUCGAGACGCUUGCCGAACGCGCUGAUGGCACAAACAGUGCAGCCGUUCUUGGGGGUGCCAUUGCCGGAGUCAUGUUCAUGGUUUUCAUGGUGGCAGCAAUUGUCUUCUUCGUUCGCCGAAGGAAGAAGCACUCAAGGGCUCGGCAGAUGCCAGAAGAUGUUUACUUCUCCAAAUCUGACCAACUCAAGCCACUGAAAACCUAUGUGGACCCUCAUACCUACGAAGACCCCAACCAGGCUGUGCUGAAGUUCACAACCGAGAUCCAGCCUUCGCACAUUUCCCGGCAGAAGGUGAUCGGGGCAGGUGAGUUUGGCGAAGUCUACAAAGGGACUCUGAAAAAUGGCAAGAAGGAAAUCCCGGUGGCCAUCAAGACCUUGAAAUCCGGCUACACGGAGAAGCAGCGCAUUGACUUCCUGAGCGAGGCGAGCAUCAUGGGCCAGUUUUGCCACCACAACAUUAUCCGCUUGGAGGGAGUCAUCUCCAAAUAUAAGCCCUUCAUGAUCAUCACAGAAUACAUGGAGAAUGGGGCCCUGGACAAAUUCCUCCGGGAAAAGGACGGGGAGUUCUGCGUCAUCCAGCUGGUGGGCAUGCUGAGGGGCAUUGCCUCGGGCAUGAAGUACUUGGCCAGCAUGAACUAUGUCCACCGAGACCUGGCUGCCCGCAACAUCCUGGUGGACAGCCAGCUGGUCUGCAAAGUCUCUGACUUUGGCCUCUCCCGUGUCUUGGAGGACGAUCCCGACGCCACUUACACCACCAGCGGUGGGAAGAUCCCCAUCCGAUGGACAGCCCCCGAAGCCAUCUCUCACCGGAAGUUCACUUCAGCCAGCGACGUCUGGAGCUAUGGGAUCGUCAUGUGGGAGGUCAUGUCCUACGGCGAGCGGCCGUACUGGGAGCUCUCCAACCAUGAGGUGAUGAAAGCCAUCAAUGAAGGCUACAGGCUGCCUGCGCCUUUGGACUGCCCUUCGGCCAUCUACCAGCUGAUGAUGCGCUGCUGGCAGCAGGAGAGAAGCCACCGGCCCAAAUUCAACGACAUUGUCAGCAUCUUGGACAAGCUCAUCCGCGCCCCAGAGUCGCUCAAGACUUUGGCUGAGUUUGACCCCCGGGUCUCCAUCCGGCUGCCCAGCACCAGCGGCUCAGAGGGCAUCCCUUUCCGGACGGUGGGCGAGUGGCUGGAGUCCAUCAAAAUGCACCAGUACACUGAGCACUUCCUCUCCGCUGGGUACAAUGCCAUUGAGAAGGUGGUGCAGAUGACCAACGAGGACAUCAAGAGGAUUGGCGUCCGCCUCCCUGGACACCAGAAGCGCAUUGCCUACAGCCUCCUGGGGCUGAAGGAACAGGCCAGCACCAUUGGCAUCCCAAUCUGAAGUGGAUGUCGCCUGCCUUUCGUUGGGAGCUGCGUUGCCUGUUCUUGCGACUCAGUGGCCAAGCCAAGGAGCCUUUGGCAAAUGUAUUUCCUGGUACAUACUUGAAAUGGAGACUCCACAUGUCCUUUCUCUGGCCAAUGAUGCUAAUGGGCGACAAGGCAUUAGAUGCCUGCCUCCUCCAUACUUCCUCAUCAGGGCCCUGUAUUUAUUGCUGGGCCUCUGUUUUUGCACACUGAAAGCACUGCCUUUUGGUAUCAGAAGUCUCCCGGAUGAGUCCUGGGAAGAUGCCUCACUCUCUGGCUGUGCCUAACCAAGGAAAACUUCCAAAAGCCGCAUUUCAUCCCACCAGCGCUGGAGCCUGCGCAUACUGUUUGUCUCAUGCUCCUCCCUGCCUUGCAUUUCACUUGCUCCGUCUGCAGACCCCACAAGGCCGGGCAGAGCAGCACAGGGCCCUUGGUUCAUGUGCAAAUGCACAUGCGCUUUGCUGGGAAGGCGGCUAGUCCAAUGAUCUGCUUAUUUCCGCGUUCGGGAACUUGGAGCAAAUGUUACAAAGCUGUUUUUAUAGGUGCCUUCAAGUCUUUUGCCUUGGAAUAGAGAAUGGAGGCAGAAUACCUGGAAACUGGUUAGGACUUUGCAGAUUUUGGAGGAUGGAAAUUGUGGUCUUUGUUUGCAGGGUUUUUUAUUCAGGAACGGAAGGCCUUUCCUUUCACCUUCCCAUUGUUUAAGAAGCCAAACAUGAUGGUUAUCGAGAACGAGGCCUUGCACAGACUGUGGCAUUUUUUGAGUUUCAGCUUUGAAGUGGUUUUGUCAAGAUGACCAAAAGAGACUCUGCAUUGAGUCACUCUCUUGCUGCCUCCCCUGUUAUUUAUUCCUCUUUUCCAACUGUCGCUCUUCAUUCCUCUCAUGCAUUUGUUCUCUUUUCAUAUUAUUACGUUCCUUGUUUUGUUUCUAAUUUAUUUUAUUUUUUUAUAUUUAUUGAUUUCAAAAACUGACUCGUUGCUGGCAAGGAUAAUCCUGCACAAUUUAAACCAAGAUAAGUUUACUUGUAUGGAUGGAUAUUCUCUAGCUUGAAUAAAAAUGUUUUUAUUCUUUA